AUGUCAAAAAGAUCGAGAACCAGUAUGGACCCCGAUCUCGGCUUUUGCUCCUCUCCCGUUCCCAGGAAGGUCAAGUGCGACAUUCUCGAGAAAGGUGGUGCCCCGUGUUCGAAAUGUCAGGCGAACAACGUGCCCGAUUGUCGGAUCUAUGAGAAGAAGAAGACGCGGUUCUCGGCUCGCACCGCUCUCAACUCCCAUGUUCCCAUUCAACCCCGAUCAACUUCCCAGUCCGCGACGGCACCUGCAACUCCCGCUGCGUCUAGUCCAUGGGCGGACGUUACGGCCAGCUCUGCCCCUCGGCCGAGCUCAGCAAGCGAUGCCACGGCCCGCGCCGGCGAUGAUGCCACGCGCAACAUGGCUGAUUUCCUGAACCGGCAGGAUGCCGAGUAUCCAGAGAUCACUCGGUGUGGGCGUCUCUUCUUCAUCGGAACAGAGUUCUCCAACCUCCAUUACCUGGUCCGGCAGCGCUCCAAAAGGCCGGAUCCGAGGGUGCUCCAUUUCGGAAGCCAUCCGCUGGCCCCCAAAGUACCAGCCGUACCGGCCGAGGUUCUCGAGCUCCCUCCGAAGGCAUUGGCCGAUGAACUCAUCAAGACGUACUUCGUUCACGUCAAUCGCGGCCUGCCCAUCAUUGACGAAGAAGACUUCAUGAAAAUCUACAACGGCUCCGAGCACACCGGCCACUUCCCGAGAUGUCGCCCGCAAUGCCGGCCGAUAUCCCUCUUGCUGCUGAAUGCCAUCUUUUUCGUAGGGGCGCGCGUGCUAGACCCGGUGCGAGAGGAGAUCAAAGCCCUCAGACCCGUCUUCUUUAGGAGGACAAAGGCGCUAUUUGACAGCCGCUUCGAACAGCAUCGUGAGACCUACCUGCAAGCUUCUCUCCUGUUGACGUGGCAAUGUGACGACCUCGAGGACAUCGUGUCCAACACCUGGCACUGGGUGGGCGUCGCGACCCGGACGGCGUUCGGCAUGGGCAUGCACCGCGACGCGAGGCCGUCGAGCCUCAACGCCAUGGACAAACGCCUCUGGGUCCGGCUGUGGUGGAUUCUGUUCCAGUUUGACGUCUUGGGCUCCGCCUCCAACCUCGACGAGUCCGACGUACCAGAGCUCGAGGAACACCAUUUCGAAGGCAUCACCGACCCAGAACACGAGUUCACCAUCCAGCAAACCCGCCUCUGCAUCAUCGUCUCAUCAGCCAUGAAGAAGAGAGUCGCGCUGCGCUCGACACCCGCAGACCGCGCCGCCGCGACCGCCGAAGCCGACACCGCCCUCGCCGAGCUGAUCACCAACCUCCCCGAGAGGCUCCAGCACUCGCGGUCUGACCCGGACCCCUGGCAGGCCAUCUUCCACCUGACGUACAACAACUUCCUGAUCCUCCUCCACCGGCCGUCGCCCAACCGAGACCACCCGGAGGGGCAAGCCGAUGCCCCGGCCCCGGCCCCGGCCGCGGACACGGACCUGAGCAUCUGCUGCGACGCGGCCAUCACCAUCUGCUCCAUCUUCGAGUCCCUCCGCAAGAGGAACCUGCUGACCAAGAUCUGGAUCCCGAGCAUCCACAUGCUCUUCACGGCCCUCGUGCACGUCUCGGACCAGAUGAAGUCGGACAACCCGCUCAUCGCGGCCAAGUCGAAACGCCUGUUCGACUCGCUCAUCCUCACGCUGCACGCGCUCAAGGGGCAGUGGCUCUACGCGCAGAGCCUCCUGGCGUUAUUUGAAGGAGGAAACGGGGUGGCUGCUCCCAACCGGGCGGAAACUGGGACCGAGGGAGAGGGCGACGUGCUCGCUCAUACCUCUCAACCUUCGGAACACCUCGGGAUCGGCGGCAACAGCGUUCUCAACAGCUCGGUCUCCAACGCACUGGCCGGUGCCCAAGGACAACCUCCCAGCUCCGCGCCCGCCUACUUGGGCCAUGUUGGCAUUGGUGGUCAGGAGCAGGAGCAGCUGGCCGGGGACAUUGCUCAUCAUAGCCAUAUCUACGGCACCGGGUUUGUGGGAGACGAUCUGGGCUUGAACGCGGACGCGGAUAGCAUGGACAUGCUGCAAGUUCCCUCUGCCCUCGAACUCCUUCUCGCGGGUGUCGGCAACGAUUUCGGCUUUCACUAUUAA